GUUUUAAAGUACCAAGGUCAAUAACCUACGACCUUGCAACUAAUUUAACUACAUUAGAACGUCUAAGGGAUGCAUGUUGAAUUAAUGAACUUGGAGAAUGCUGGUCUCCAGGACCGUGUUAUAGAUUUGGAAAAACGAAGUGCUGAACAAGCCAAUGAACUAGCUUGUCUAAGAAGCUCUUUGGCUGAUUGUCUACGUCGCUUAAAUCUUUUGGAAAGUGCUAGAGGUAUGAAAUUGCAUUCUUCUCAAAGACCAGUUUUGCACAAUAAUGGCUCCAAUGUGACUAAAACUAAUUCACGUACUGACUCAUCCUAUUCAUCAAGACGACAUACAAGUUCUCGUAAUCCUACUUCUACUGGACAUCAAUCGAAAAAUUCACGUGACAGUUCAUUAGUUGUUCCACAUACUACAACAACGAGUACAACAGCAAGAACUCGUUUAAAAAGUCCUCAAAGUGUUCGAUUAAGUUCAUCAUCAACUACUUUAAAUAAUCAAGCGGUUGGUGUUAGCGGUGGAACAAAUCAAACAAGCUCCAAGGAAACUACUUAUUUACCAGGUGAUGGAAUUCUACGAUUUUAUAUUCGCGGACGUCCAGUCAAUGUUUAUAUGCCUACGCAAAUUAUGCAUAAUUAUGAUUUGUCAAUUCCAUUGAAAGCACCGGAUACGACGUUGAAAUUGGAAUGGAUUUAUGGUUAUCGUGGGCGAGACUGUCGAAAUAAUUUACAUUAUCUUCCAACUGGAGAGUUAAUUUAUUUUGUUGCAGCUGUUGUAGUAUUGUAUAAUAUUGAAGAGCAAUGCCAAAGACAUUAUUUGGAACAUACUGAUGAUGUAAAAUGCAUUGCUAUCCAUCCUGAUCGUAUUACUGUGGCUACUGGUCAGUCUGCAGGACAUGAUAAACAGUUUGGAAAACCACAUGUACGAAUUUGGAGUUCAGUCGAUUUGAAAACACUGAAAAUUAUUGGUUUAGGCGAAUUUGAACGUUCAGUAUGUUGUUUGUCCUUUUCAAAAACGGAUAGCGGAGUUAAAUUAUGUGCAGUUGACGAAGCUACAGAUCAUGUAAUUUCAAUAUGGGAUUGGCAGAAAAGUCGCAAAAUAACGGAAACUAAAUGUUCCACAGAACCAAUUACAGCUGUUGAAUUUCAUCCAUUAGAUGAUGCAACCCUUGUAACUGGUGGUAAAGGUCAUUUAGCAUUUUGGACAUUUGAUGGAUGUACACUAAGUAAAAAGAUGGGAAUAUUUGAAAAUGGUAAACAGCCAAUCGAUAAACCUAAAUUUAUACUUUGUUUAACAUUUGCUGAAAAUGGUGAUCUACUGACUGGUGAUUCUGCUGGGAAUAUUAUUGCAUGGAAACGAGGUACAAAUACAGUGAAUCAAAUAUGUCAAGGUGUACAUGAAGGCGGUAUAUUUUCAUUGUGUUUAACAAAUAAUGGACAUCUUAUAUCUGGUGGUGGGAAAGAUCGUCGUUUAGUAUUCUUUGAUGCAGCUCUUAAUCCAACUGGUCAUACUGAAGAAUUAACUGAAUUAUAUGGUGCUGUAAGAACUAUUACACAAGGUCCUGGAGAAUUGUUAAUUAUUGGCACAACGAAGAAUAUGAUACUACAGGCUGGUCCUGGUAUGGAAAUAAGUCCUUUAAUGUUUGGUCAUUCUGAAGAAUUUUGGAGUCUUGCUAAACAUCCACAAGCUCAUCAAUUUUUAACUGGUGGACGUGAUCAUUUAGUAAUUCUAUGGGAUUCAUUAUCAAAACAAGCUAUUUGGUCAAAAGAAUUCACUGAUGCUAUACAUUGUGCUGCAUUCUAUCCACUUCAAUCAGUUUCAAUAACAAAUGGGACUAUGAGUCCAGUUAAUAAUAAUGAUAAUAAUAUAAUUGAUGAAACAAAUAAUUUAGAUUUCAAUGUAUCAAUGAUGAAUUCACAUGAUUUAUUAGUAGUAUUAGGCACAAGUACAGGACGUUGGUUAGUAUUCAAUUGUUUAAAACAAGAAAUAAUUGCUGCACAUUCCGAUGGACUUGGUGAACAGAUCGAAUGUGUUGCAUAUUCACCUGACGGAAAUUACUUAGCUCUUGGUUCACGAGAUAAUGUUAUUUAUGUAUAUAAUGUGUUAGAACGUGGCUACAAAUAUAAUCGUGUUGGACGAUGCUGCGGUCAUAGUAGUUUUAUCCUGCAUAUUGAUUGGUCUGUAGAUGGGCGAUUUUUACGUUCUGUAUCAGGAGAUUAUGAAAUACUGUUCUGGACUGCAUUUGAUUGUAGACAAGUUGUCUCACCUAGUACACUACGUGAUUUAGAAUGGGCUAGUCAAACAUGUACACUUGGUUGGGAAGUAGCUGGAAUUUGGCCAUCUGAUUCAGAUGGUACUGAUGUUAAUGCUUGUGAUCAUAGUCCAACUGCUGAUAUUUUAGCUACUGGAGAUGAUUAUGGAAAAGUUAAACUAUUCAAAUAUCCAACUAAUAAACCAAAGGCUGAAUUUCGUGCUUAUAAUGGUCAUUCAAGUCAUGUGACAAAUGUAACAUUUUUAUAUGAUGGAUCUAGAUUAAUAUCUAUUGGGGGCAAAGAUACAGCUGUAUUACAAUGGGAAGUAUGUAUUUAACACAUGAUAUUGUAUGAUAAAUACAUAUUCAUCAUUUAUUUAAUCAGUUUCUUCUUCUUCUUCUUCAGUAUUGUUCAUAGUUAUUAUUCUCAUUUUCUAUUCAUACUCUCACCAUAUCAUCCAUCUACAACUCAAUGAUACGUUUGAGGGCAAUAAAAAUAAAAAGAGUCAUUCUAAUGCUGUCUGUAUGGUUUUCUGAUGCCUUCAAAUUUAAAUGUAUUUGUCAUAAUCAUUCAUUAUUCAUAAAGUAUGAUCAUGUAUGUGUGCAAUACACUUACAAUUACAGAAGAAUACCAUUUAGCAUAGUUAAUUUAUUGUUAUAGUCGAUAACCUCUCUUCUUAUUAAAAUUAUUAACAUGUUUGUUUUGCUAAUGUUACUAUUUCUCUCCAAUCCAACCCCCCCCCCCGAAAAACGCUUGUUUUUCUUUUUUUUUACAAAUAUACCAUAUUAUUAAAUUGUUUAUUGAUUUAUUUAUUUAAAAAAAAUAAACGGCAUCGUUUUCUCGUGAUAAAACAGAGAAAUAUAUACUACUACUGUUUACUCACCUACCUACCUAUCUACCUAUCUGCUUACUUACUUGUCUCUUCUCAUACUUAUCGAUGAUUUUUCCUCUUUGCUCAUUUUCGCUUUUUUUUUCUUUCUUAUUUUAUCAUCAUUCGUGACAUUUUAGUUUUGCUAAUUUGGGUAAAAAUAAUUAUCAAUUUUUUGUUUACAUGAAGCGAGUAUUAUUAUUAUUAUUAUUAUUAUUAUUAUUAUUAUUAUUAUUAUUAUUAUUAAAAUCCCUGUAUUUGUGAAGUCGAUUAUUUCUGUUUCCUAAAUUUUUACACUAAUGAUGUUUAUAUGUUAUUAAAAUGGGGGAAAAAACCUUGGGAAUGUACACAUACACACACACACACACACACACACGCUCAUACACUUACUUACGCCUGUUACUCCCGAUGGAGCAUAGGCCGCCGACCAGCUCAUACACACACACACACAUAAAUACAUUGGCAAAACUACAUAUUAUACACUAAAUGUGUUGACUGUUAUAUUGACUUCUAUCAAUGUUGACAACAUUCGAUAAAAGAAUGAAACAAAACAAAAAAGGUAAUUAACAAUGUUUUUUUCACAGGUUCUAUUUUGUUUCUUGUCUUUAAAAUUUAAUACAUUCACUGUUUACUAUCUGCAUUCCACUCUAUUUCCUUCUAUUACUUUAUACAGGCAUAUAGAGAUUUGAUUUUAAAUGCAUUCAUUGUUUGUAUUUUUAAUAAUAAUGAUAAUGAGGAGGAGAACGAGAUUUUUCUUUGUGUGGCUUUUUGUUUGUUUUCUUCAUAAGUUCUAAUCUUUCUUCUCUAUCGAUAUUGUGUGUAAAUGGGUGAAUUGUUAUAAAUGAAUGGAGUAUGGUUUUCAGUUCUGUUCCUUCUUCUUCUUCUUCUCUUUGUGGUCAUUGGUUUAUAUACAGAAAGAUGUUUUAAAACAAUUCAUUAUUCUAGUAAUAUUACAUUAAUAUAUAUAUGUUGUAUUCAUAAAUUAUGGCUAAGAAAAUGUCAUAAAUAGUUUAUCUUGGUGCCUGUGUAUGUACUACUUAAUUUGACUACUAUUUAUCGACACUAUAUAUAUAUAUAUAUAUAUAUAUAUAUAUAUAUAUAUAUAUAUAUAUAUAUAUAUAGACAGAUAGAUGGAUUUCUUGACUUUAAUUAAUGUUUCCUUCUAUAGUUUAUUUAUUUCAUUGUUUGUUCUUGACAUUGUCGACUACAUGUCUUCUUCAUACUAUACAUACACAAAUAGAUAGAUAGAUAGAUCAGGUUUAUAUGGAUCAAUUUCAAUUGUGUUUUCCUCUUUUGAUGUUCAUUGUUCUUUCAUUGAUUAUAACAUUGAAUUUUGAAUUUGUGCAUAAUUUGUUUAAAUAAUGCUCAUUUGAUCUUUUAAAAAUGAAAUAAAUUAUUUUUUUCUCCUAUAG